UGUAGGGUUUCCAAGGCUGUAACCUUUACGCAAGCAGACUGCUACAGUUUUCUCCCUCAGAGCAGCUGGUGGGUUCGAACCGCCGGCGGAACGGUUAGCAGCUCAGCAGCCGAGCUUUUUAACCCCUGGGCCGCCCUGGAGAAGGUCUACCCGGACGAAAAAGCCGAGGCCAGAAGUUAGUCCAAAGGCGGCGCCCUCCGUACCUCCCUCCCCCGACACGCCGGCAGCCUUCUCACCUCGCGACCCGCCGCCUUUGGGGACCCGCGGCCCGGCGUAGCGGCUCCGCCCCCGCCUGCCUCCAGGUUGACGGAGUCUCCGGGGUUGACGCGGGUGAGCAGGCGGGUGGGUGAACGAAUUUGCCUUUUCGGCGGCGAAGGAGAGAGGCGGCCGCCCGUACGCCACCGGCGGGGAGUGCGGAGUCCCGCGGCGCCCUCGGACCCAUGCUGCGAAGCUGCGCCGCGCGCCUGCGUCCGCUCCUCGUGGCGCACGGCCGGCCGGGAGGCGCGCGCCUGACGAGCACAUUUUCUUUUGAAGAAGUCACUCAGAAGGACCAUGCUCUCCCCAAACCCAGCUGGAGCAAGGACCUUAGGCUCCUCUUUGACCAGUUCAUGAAGAAAUGUGAAGAUGGCUCCUGGGAACGUUUGCCUUCAUGUAGCCGUCAUUCCGUGCAAAGAUUUCAAAACUUCACAAAAGCUUUUUUUUCUGGCUCAAUACCUGUGAAAGAAGAACAAAUAUCACAGGCCAAGUUCUUCCCCAGAAGCUUUGAGGAUGGCCUGGGCUUUGAAUAUGCCAUGUUCUGGAGUAAGGAUGAGAAAAGAAUAGUUUGCCUGUUUCAAGGAGGUCUCUACCUACAAGGAAUACCUGGCUUCCUCCACGGAGGUGCCCUUGUGACCCUGAUCGAUACCACUCUUGGUACGCAUGCGAUGCUAGCUGGGGGAGCUGUCAUGACUGCUAACCUCAGCAUCAAUUUUAAAAGGCCUAUGCCACUGUGUUCUGUUGGUGUGAUAAAUACCCAACUGGAUAAAAUUGAAGGAAGGAAACUUUUUGUUUCCUGUAAUAUUCAAAGUGUUGAUGAGAAGACCGUAUACACAGAGGGAACAGGCUUAUUUAUAAAGCUGGAGCCUGGUAAAACUUUGGUAUAGAGGAGCAUCUGGUGAAUUCCACAGCAUUCUGCCCAAGGUUCUCCCUCCUCCAGAAGCAUCGUCUGCACUCCGCUCUUCUCGCCCACAGCCGCGUUCCCUGCAGGGAGAAGCCUGCUAACAUCAACCUUCCCCAACCGUCCUCUGAACACAGCUCCAGGAACUCAGUCUCCACUCCCAAUGUUUUGACACAGAAGCCCUCCCUGUGAAAGUAUCAGCAGCUGUUUGUGUCUCCUUAGGAUAAGUGUCCAGUUCUCCUGAGAUUUGAAUGAGCUCCUUAAGGUUGCAUCAGCCUGAGGUCUGCUCCAUUGCAGACUAGAGAAAAAGUUCGUAAAAAAAACGGUUAGUGCAAACUUAGACAUGGUAGAAAGAAGGCAUAAAUAUCUGGGUGUAUGUAUGUCUCUGUACCUGUGCAUUGUAAUUACAGAGUUUUGUUGUAUCUGAACAGAUGAAUCUUUUGGGCUAGAUUAGGAAGCUAGGUCCUCUAGGUAUGGAUACCUCAAAUCUGAUGUCUAGGAUUCUAGGGAUUAAUCCACUGACCGCUGUUAACGUAACGUACGCUGCUAUGUCUUACCAACAGCAUAGCUUAUCAUCACUGAAGGGGUCUUAGACAAGACUGACAGUGAACUGGGAGACUAAUGUUCUAGAAAACACAGAAGUAGAUUCUGCUUCCAAAUACAGACAGUAGAUUCUUUGGGUUCCACUUGCUUUACCCUUACUGAAAGUUUAGGUUCAAUCAUAUGAAAUCACCAUUUUUAAAGGUCAGAAGGGUUGGAUGUUGACAGUUUCCUGUGGCUCAACCUAAUAAGUUAGGGACAGCUUUGUGGUACCCUCGCCAGUCCUCCUUCCGCAGCCAAAAGAUCCGCUGGGAGACCUCCACUGCCAGAGCAGACUGACCCCAGGAUGACCAAGCCCGAGGAAGACUCAAAUCCUGGAAGCUGUUGCCCACCUGCAGUCCCUGAGCUGCAAGAAAGGAUGCAGCAGAAAGGGCCCUGCAGAGGUGAGGCUGGCGGUACCUCCUCUCUGGAAACUCUGGGAGAGCUUGGAAAAGUGCCCUGGAGGUGGCUGGGCUCGCAGCUCUGCAGCUUACAUGUUUGGCAGCAGCUGCCCUUUCUUCCCAGUCUUCCUUCCGUCCAAUCCCAAAACUACAGAGAGAGCAGGCACUUUUAACAGCUUUAUCCCACAGCUUGCUUUCCAUGGAAACCAAGCGUGUUAAAAACGUGAGGCCCACAGAGUGAGCCAUCAUUGCUGUCUAGUUUCAUUUGCUUGGCAGAGAGGAAGUUCAGACGGUGAAGGUAUUUACUCUUAUCCUUUGCUGUACUGGAACAGGCUUGCAAAGCUGCUAAAGCAUGCCAGACCUUCCAGGCAGAAGAACCUAAUGAAAAGAAUGUGCCGAACGGCCAUUUUUUCUUCUUUCUUCUAAGUUUGCUCCUAGCUAUCUUUCUGUCCACUUUUCCAGGUUCCGUUCUCACACUGGCUUGGUCGCAACCAGGGUACAUUGCAGUGUAUGAGUGAGACUCUGAAUAAGGCCAACUAAGGAAGAAGCUCAGUAGCUGUUAGCACAGGUUUCCUCAGAGCCAGUGAGGAAAAACUGGUCUCCCUGCUUUGCAGCAGAUGUAUUCCUAGGCUUGACCAAGCCCUGGCGUUCUUGCCUCCAUCAGGUUGUAUUUUGAUAAAUGCGUAGAUUUGGGAAAAGGUGGCUGAACAGUCAGAAAGGAGGAGGAAAAGAGGGGUCACAAUUGUCACCAGCUCCCCUCCAUCAUGGGCCUGCUGCAUAGCCCAAUGGACCAAUUCCUCAUCGCCCAUUUCCCCCUCUGUACCAUGGUGGCAAAUGAUAUUUUGAGUGAAGAUUAGAAAUUGAUGCUGUUAGUGUUAAAACAUCUCCGAACUAUCAGUCCAAACAUAACCAGGCAGUGAAUUUUUGCUCCUACCACUGGGUUUCUCAAUGUUUGAGAGGCCCAAUAAAAAGACAGUCAUGGCACAGAAAUACAUUGUUGGAGGAAUAAAAAAAAUAAUGUAAAAUAAGAUGAAGGUGUUUCUCUAAUGGGAAGGCGAGAUGAAACAAAAGGAAGUCAAAAAAAACCUUUAGUUCUGUGUCAAAGAAGUGCAUCUCUCCCACGUUCCUGUGUCUCCCACCCCAUGACCUUCUCAGGACCCUGGCUCUUCCCUCCAUCCUGGGGAGCUGUGAGGCCCAAUUAUUUUUCUACCUAGUAACUGGCCAUCGUGGAACCCUAGACAAACAUAUUCUUCAGUGCCAAGCAUACAACACUUUCUAUGGUGGAAACAACAAGUUUGGCAUUGUAAAAAUAUGUUCAAAUCACUAAAAAUAAGUUAGGGAUUUUAUGGUUCAGAAAAGUAAAUAAAAUUUGUUUUGAUAGUUUCCCUGGUCUGGCACUACUAUGACUAGUUCAGAAUUACAGAAUUGGCUUAUUCCUCAUCUUAAUUGUGGAUUUAAGAUUAAGUGUGAUAGUAAAUGUAUCAGUCUUAUGUUUGUGAUAAGUAUUUUUUUUUUUUUAGGUCUUAUAUAUAUUAUUGCUUAGAUGAAGUUAAAAUUGCCCAAACCAGAUACCUUGAAAAGGUUUCAUUUUCUUCCAUUCUUGCCUUCUCUGACAGGUUCUUUUAGACUACAUCCACUCCCUGCCUCUGUACCCAUCUCUAGCAGAACUUCUCACACUCUUUUUG